AUGGAAGAGGAUACAGAUUUCAGAAUCAGAUUUAGUUCUUUGUGUUUCAUAAAUGAUCAUGUUGGUUUUCAUGGCACCAUAAAAAGCUCACCAAGUGACUUCAUUGUUAUUGAGAUUGAUGAACAGGGAGAGUUAGUUAAUAAAGCCAGUGACAAACCUGUUUAUAAUGUUAGUAAAGUACUACUUGAGCCAAAUAGUUUAGCUAAAAAAGCAAAACUAGAUCUUCAGAUUUUAUCUUUUGAAGAGACAAGCAAUCAAGAAGUCAGUACUUUGGCUGGGAGCUCCAGUGAUGACCACAAUUUUGUGCCUUGUUCAGAAAAGGAAGAUACUGUCAGAGAUAGAACUUCCAAAGGUGAAGAAGAAAAUGUUGAUGUAUUAGGCCUCUUGUUAGAUGAAAAAACUAAUGAAUUACUGAAUCAGUUUGCCUGUGAUAUAAAAGAGAAGUGGGACUCUCAAACUGAGCUAAUUGGACCAUCUCCUGAAUUCUCGUUAGGCAGAAUCCUUGACAAGAACCAGAGGGCUACCUUGCAUAGUGCUAUUAGGCAGAAAUUUCCUUUUUUAAUAACUGUAGGAAAAAACAAUGAAAUUGUUGUAAGACCAAAUCUUGAGUAUAAAGAACUUUGUCACUUGGUAUCAGAAGAGGAAGCAUUUGAGUUUUUUAAAUAUUUGGAUGCAAAGAAAGAAAAUUCCAAAUUUACCUUUAAACCUGAUACAAACAAAGAACACAGGAAAGCUGUCCACCAUUUUGUCAACAAAAAGUUUGGGAAUCUUGUGGAAACCAAAUCCUUUCCUGAACUGAAUUACAGUGCUGAUAGUCCAAGUGUAGUGAUAACUGUAAGGUUUCGGGUGAAAGCACACAAACACUGGAAGAGGUCUCUUCAUGAAUGCCAAGGAAGAAAAGAUAUAUACACAGCUUUUACCCUACGAAAAGAAAAUCUAGAAAUGUUUGAAGCUGUUGGUUUUUUAGCUGUCAAACUUGGCGUGAUUCCUUCGGAUUUUAGUUAUGCAGGACUUAAAGACAAGAAAGCCAUCACUUAUCAAGCGAUGGUGGUUAGAAAAGUAACACCCGAGAGGUUGAAAAAUAUUGAAAAAGAAGUUGAAAAGAAAAGAAUGAAUGUGUUUAACAUUCGGUCGGUAGAGGAUUCCCUUAGACUUGGUCAGCUGAAAGGAAAUCACUUUGAUAUUGUCAUCAGAAAUUUAAAAAAUCAAAUAAAUGAUUCUGCAAACCUGAGAGAGAGAAUUUUGGAGGCAAUAGAAAAUGUUAAGAACAAAGGGUUUGUGAAUUACUAUGGACCACAGAGAUUUGGGAUGGGAAGGAAAGUUCACACAGACCAAAUUGGAUUGGCUUUGCUGAAGAGUGAAACGGUGAAGGCUGUAAAAUUGUUUUUUACACCAGAAGAUUUGGAUGAUCCUGUAAAUAGAGCAAAGAAAUAUUUUCUUCAGACUGAGGAUGCUAAAGGCACACUUUCACUGAUGCCCGAAUUCAAAGUUCGGGAGAGAGCACUGCUAGAGUCACUGCACCGCUUUGGCGUAACAGAGGAGGGCUGCAUCCAGGCGUGGUUCUCCUUCCCCCAUUCUAUGCGCAUAUUCUACCUUCACGCAUACAGCAGCAAGAUCUGGAAUGAAGCAGUAUCUUACAGACUUGCAACUUAUGGCUCAAGAGUUGUGGAGGGUGACUUGGUCUGUUUGGAUGAAGAUGUUGACAAUGAGCAAUUACCGAGUAGUAAAGUUCAUCUAGUAACCGAAGAAGAGGAAUCAGCUAACACAUAUGCAAUACAUCAGGUGGUUCUUCCAGUGCUUGGAUACAAUAUUCAGUACCCGAAAAACAAAUUAGGGCAGUGGUACCAGGAAGUACUCAGCAGAGAUGGACUACAGACAUGUAAAUUUAAAAUACCUACCCUGAAACUGAAUGUUCCAGGGUGCUAUAGGAAGAUUUUGAAACGUCCCUGUAAUCUCUCAUACCAGCUGAUGGAAGACCAUGGUACUGAUGUCAAGAAGGAAGGUUCCCACAUCGAUGAAGCAACUUUAUCCCUUUUGAUCUCUUUUGAUCUUGAUGCUUCGUGUUAUGCUACAGUUUGUCUGAGGGAAAUAAUGAAGCAUGACUUUUAA